CCCAGACACAACAGAGACUGCCUGACUGCACUCUUGUCUUUAUUUGUACUAUUUCACUCACCUGAGAAACUACAUGUUACUCUAUAGUAUUUGCAGAUCAAGCCAUCUUAGCUCAAAGCCUUCUACCUUAAGAACAGAAAAAAAUUGUGUAAAUCUGCAGUGGGACAAUGAGUAGCUUAAGAGUUCUUCACCCACAUCCUGUGGCAAAACCAGACAAACUGUCAAUGAACUUGGGUCAGCACCAGCCUCUUCAUCAACCAACAAUGAUGGCUCCUCUGAAACUAACGCAGCGAUUUUAUCCACCAAACGACUAUCCACGAAGAAACAGCCUUCGCUUUGCAUAUCUGUCCUCCUCUCCACCCUCGUCAUAUGUCCCUACAAUGCACCGGAGCCGUUUCAGCAAGUACAGCUUCAGCACGCACAAGAAACGUGUGGUAUUUGCAGAUGAGGUGGGGCGGGCGCUGACUGUUGAGCAUGUAUUUACCCCCGAUCCCCCAUCCCCACCUCCUGCUCCAGCAACAAAUCCCUGUUCACGCCAUUUGGAAGGCCAACAAAAUCCUGCAAACAGAAAUGGAUCACUUACGCCCAAGUUUGGCCUGGGUUUCCCUCAGCCUACAAAGGACUCUGACGCAUUUAUUGCUUGCCUGCAAGAGAAAUGUGUACAAAUGAAGAGCUGCAGCAUUUCAGACAACACCUUGAUAGGUGAAGUGUGUGUUUUCCAUAGUUGCCCAAAAAACACCGUAAAUAUGAAAAUGACUUUUGAUUCAUGGGUCACCAGCAAAGAGAUUCCCUGUAAAUUCCUUGAGCAGAGGCAAGUCAAUGGCCUUGAUGUGGAUGUGUUUUUCUUUGAAGCAUGCCUGCCCCAAAUUACAGACAAAAUAGAGCAGAUUGAGUUCUGCUUCACAUCCAGCCCAGGGCUCAGCUCUGUGCUUCACUGGGAUGACAACAUGGGACAGAAUUACAAAGUACUGAGGGAAAAAGUUGAAUCAUGUCCAGGCAAAGACUAUACAAAGCAGUUUUACCCCUCUCUUUCAAAUUACCAGCUACCUGUUUAUCCACAGUUUUCUUAUUUCCAAAAGUGUGAGAAUCUGACUUACCUCCACAGCCAUCUGCUAACCAGUGGUUUUAGGUCUGCACACUGCAAACCACUGUGUUGGCUGGCAUGAAACAUCCAAUAUAGUGGUAUGUUAGCACAAAUAUUACUCUGCACAGAGAAUACCCUGCUGUAAUGUGACUAAUGUAUUAUUAAAUUAUUAUUUUAUUUUUUUUCAACUGAAAAUGAAUGUGUGUGUACAAUCUUAUUAACAAAUACAGUAAAGAAAUUAGUGUAUGCUA